GCGCACCGUCAGAAAGAGCAGAACGUGUGGAUUAUAAGGAGCACGAGCCGCUUUGCUGUUUUUGUUAUCAUCGGAUAAACUUUGUUUUACUAUUGCUUUUUUUUUUUGCUACGGACCGGAAUUAGAAUUGUUCAUGGCCGUGACUGAGGCUGGAUGUGACCUGACUUACUGCAAGAUGAGGGGGAUAGCGGCUGUCCUUGCUGCUUUCAUCAAGGAGAGGAAGAUGGGCCUGAACGACUUCUUCCAAAAGCUGGUGUCCACCCCUCACAUCUGCCAACACGCUGAAGUCAACAACUUCCUGAAGAUUGAUGAGAACCAGAAUGAGGAGGAUGAAAACGAUUUGCUCUCUGAAAGUCGGAUGUGCCUAAAGUCUCGCAGCUCGCUGGCAGAGGAAACUCAGAUUAAACCUUCGGAUUUUGACUACCUCAAGAUCAUCGGGAAAGGCAGCUUUGGAAAGGUGUUGCUGGCUCGACACAAGGAGACCAUGGCGUACUACGCCGUGAAGGUGCUGCAGAAGAAGAUCAUCCUGAAGAAGAAAGAGCAGCAAAAGCACAUCAUGGCCGAGCGCAGCGUCCUCAUGAAGAACAUCAAGCAUCCCUUCCUGGUGGGGCUUCAUUACUCCUUCCAGACCACAGACAAGCUCUACUUUGUUUUGGACUACGUGAACGGCGGAGAGCUCUUCUACCACCUCCAGAGGGAGAGGGUCUUCCUGGAGCCUCGAGCUCGCUUCUAUGCUGCUGAAAUCUCAAGUGCUCUUGGCUACCUCCACUCUCUGCACAUCGUUUACAGAGACCUGAAGCCUGAGAACAUCCUGCUGGACUCACAGGGGCACAUCGUUCUGACAGACUUUGGACUCUGCAAAGAGGGUCUUGAGGCCGAUGGGACCACAUCCACCUUCUGUGGGACACCUGAGUAUUUGGCACCUGAGGUUCUACAGAAGCAAGCGUAUGACCGCACAGUGGACUGGUGGUGUCUGGGAUCGGUUCUCUACGAGAUGCUCUAUGGACUUCCUCCCUUCUAUAGUCGGAACACAGCUGAGAUGUACAACAACAUCCUGCACAAAGCGCCGGCUAUGAAGCCCAACGUGUCCAAUGCCGGGAGGGAACUGCUGGAAGGGCUCCUGCAGAAGGAGCGUACCAAGAGGCUGGGAGCAAAGGACGACUUUCUUGAGCUCAAGUAUCACUCCUUCUUCUCGCCCAUAAACUGGGACGACCUGAUGGCUAAGAAGAUUACACCCCCGUUCAUUCCUUCUGUGUCUGGACCCACAGACCUGCGACACUUUGACCCGGAAUUCACCCAGCUGCCGGUGUCGUCGUCUCUGUGCAACGACACGCUAACCGUGACCAGCAGCGUCAAGGAGGCAGCCGGGGCCUUCCCGGGCUUCUCCUACGGGCCGCCGGCGGGCCACUCCUUCAUGUGAAAGGCAGCACCUCCGACCCCUGGAUUGGACAGGAGGUGGGGUCCAAGGACCACACCCCUCUGCACACCAAGCACCCGGAACAGUAGACAAGCGUGCCAAGUAUGGAAGCGGGAAUCGGAGAGAAGUGCCUGGCGUCCGCUGUGGGGGGGUCUGCUCUCCAGCUGGUUUUCAUCGUGGGGCGCCCGCCGUGCUUUUGUUUUUGUUUUUUCAUGUGAAUGCUGACUUGCACUUGAGGAAACAAGGGUCCACCACCAGAAGAAUGCAAAUCUGUCUUAUUGUGUCAUAUCUGAACUUGAAGGAAGCAAAGGCUGCAGACCAAACAAACAUCUCAGACCCGUUUGUCCUCAAACCAAACUGUACUGUAAAGAACAAACUUCUGUUUUAAUGUGAAACCUAAAGGUUUUCGGAACUGUUUACUUCACAAAGUCCUGCGUAUAGAACGUCCUGCUUUAUAUAUAGUUCCAUUUCAAUAUGCAUACAAAUAUAUAUCUCUUUUAUUUUGGGUUUGAAACCUUGAACUUGUGUUUCAUCGGCAUGUGCUGCUCUGAAAGAAUCCUCCAAUCAGGAGAGCCGAGCAGCAAAAACAAAAAACUUGUCAAAGAACAUGCGCACAUUCUGUUAUUUAAAGUCCAGUGCUUGCUGUUUUAUGGCAAACACCAUAUUUAUGUAUCAUGUAGUAGAGAACUGUCUUGUGCCUGAUCCAUGUUUAUCAUGUGUACAUAACCCCAUCCCUUUACCCUUCCUUCCCACUCAAAACCCUUCGGUUCCUUUUCCCAAAGGUAACCAUAAGAAAAGUGCUUUCUCUGAAAGGUGCAAUAAAUAAGAACCCCUGAAUAUCUCCAUCACAGUUGGGGCUUGUCCUUUCUGUUUUUCUCUUAUCAAGAGACUUUGAUCCCUCAAUGAAGACUUUCAAAUAUUCAGACUUAUCCAAACAUGAAACCAAGGCGACGCAGUUCUGGAUGGUGUUCUUCCACAUUUGGAAGCUCUUGACUAUUUUUUAAGUGUAUUUAUUUUCAUGCCACUUUGUAAACAUGAAAAUGGACGCAAUUAUCUGAAACACUAACCUGUAAUCUGACGCCAUGCAAAAAUAAAACUCUUUCAAAGUUG